UUACGAGGAGUCGUAGUCGUCGUAGUCGUCAUUGUCAUUGUCUUCGUCAGUGCGUCGUGCGUCGUCAAAACAAUCUUUUCGCUUUUAUGCUCAUCGAACCCUAGCACCACCAUCGUUUGGAUCUUGUUAAUGUGUGUCUUCAGGUAUAAACAAAACCAUUAGGUUGCACCAGCGCAAAGCAAAUUAUUAUUUUUCACGACACUCGAAAUUUAAACUUCGAAUAGUGCGGUUAUACGUUACAUAAAAGAACCAAGGACAAGUACUCUUGAUGUUAGUCGAGUUUUUGAACUACAACCAGAUUGUUGUCUUUAAUAUAUUUUUCUAGAACUACGAGCAAAUUGUCGAUCUUCAAAAAAUCCAAAUCGAAAAUGCAUCAUAUCGUGAAGUGUAUCGUGGUUUAUUUGAUAAUUGCGAGCGGGAUUAGUGCAAAUGAUGAAAGUUCGGGAAUGGGAAACGAAAUUGUUGAACGUAAUGGUCAAGGCAGUUGGUUCAAAAGUGCAGAAAAUGUCCUCGCUGGUCCAGCAGGACAUGUCGUUGUUGAAGUUGCCAAAGAUCUUCUAAGUCGUUCGACUGGAAAUAGCCAAGUUUUGAGUUUAAAUUUAACUAACUUACUAGUAAUUAUACUUUUGAAAGUUUUAAUUUUUGCUGCUGGAAUUUUGGGAGCUGGUCAUUGGAGUCACUAUGGAAGAGGCAGGAGUUUCGCUCCGUCUUCAUUCUUUGAAGAUGGUGAAGGACACUUAAUCACUGGAUUCUUAGCUGCACAAGGUUCUGGAAAUGAUGGUUGCCUCUAUCAAGCCGCUUGUCAUUCUCCAGUAUCAGCAUAUGAAUACGCUCGUGCAGCAAAAGCUCUACUAAAUGGAAUUGAAAAAUUUGAAGGUACAACUCUAAACAAUCCCCGCUACAAUGAUUUAAUUGUUCUGGUUGAGAAGGCAGCCUAUGACGGCUACAAGGGAAAUCCAUGUGACAAAACUUACCAAUGUAACAUGUAACACUCCCACCACGAUGGCGUAUACGUAUUUUGAUGAUAAUAUGACUAUUUUUUG